AUGAAACUUAGGCUAGAAGUAUGCGCCAUUCUCUUGCUGCCUGUGUACUUGUUAAUAUCUGUGUACAGUAUGCUUGUUUUUAUUCCGUGGUAUUUUCUUACCAACGCGAAGAAGAAAAAGGCUAUGGCAAAACGUUUAAAAGCUAAACCCGUCUCGGACAAACCUGGAAGCCCCUACCGUUCUGUCACGCACCUCGACUCCCUGGCAAACAUCAACAUUCCUGGCGCAGACACGUUGGACAAGCUCUUCGACCACGCUCUAGCAAAGUUUGGGAAGAAGGACUGUCUCGGCACCAGAGAAAUACUGAGCGAAGAAAAUGAAAUGCAACCAAACGGAAAAGUGUUCAAAAAGUUAAUUUUAGGAACUUACAAAUGGUUAUCCUAUGAAGAAGUAAAUGAGAAAGUGAAUCGCUUGGGGAGUGGACUGACCGCCCUGGGACUAGCCCCGAAGAGUACUGUUGUCAUAUUCUGUGAGACCCGAGCAGAGUGGAUGAUCGUAGCUCUAACCUGCUUCAAGUACAACUUUCCUCUUGUCACGUUGUAUGCCACCCUGGGGGAAGAGGCAGUAACCUAUGGUCUCAAUGAGUGCGGAGCAGCGUAUCUGGUCACUAGCAUAGAGCUUCUUGAGACCAAGCUUAAGACUGCGUUGCCACAAGUCUCCUGCCUUAAACACAUCAUUUAUGUGGACAAGAAGACCGUCAAUAAAUCAGAAUACCCUGAAAAUGUGGAGAUCCAUAGUAUGCAGACAGUAGAAGAGUUAGGAGCCAAACCAGAAAACGCAAGCAUUCUGCCGAGCAGACCCGCUCCUACAGACUUGGCUUUAGUAAUGUACACCAGUGGCUCUACUGGGAGACCAAAAGGAGUCAUGAUGGUGCAUAAAAACUUAAUAGCUGGAAUGACGGGACAGUGCGAGAGAAUACCUGGACUGGGACCCAAGGACACGUACAUCGGUUAUUUGCCUCUGGCCCACGUGUUGGAACUGACGGCAGAAGUUUCUUGCAUCACUUACGGCUGCAGGAUCGGCUACUCCUCCCCGCUCACGCUGUCGGAUCAGUCAAGUAAAAUUAAGAAAGGAAGCAAAGGAGACUGUACUGUGCUUAAGCCUACACUGAUGGCAGCUGUGCCUGAAAUAAUGGACAGAAUUUAUAAAAAUGUCAUGAGUAAAGUUCAAGAGAUGAACUAUAUUCAGAGAACUCUGUUCAAGAUAGGUUACGACUACAAGUUGGAACAAAUCAAGAGGGGAUAUGAUGCACCUCUGUGUAACGUACUGUUGUUUAAAAAAGUCAAGGCACUGCUGGGAGGGAACGUCCGCAUGAUGCUUUCUGGAGGCGCCCCGCUCUCACCUCAGACCCAAAGAUUCAUGAACAUUUGUUUCUGCUGUCCUGUUGGCCAAGGCUAUGGACUAACGGAAACAUGUGGAGCUGGAACAAUUACAGAAGUUGCUGAUUACAGCACUGGCAGAGUUGGAGCCCCUCUUAUUUGUUGUGAAAUAAAAUUGAGAGACUGGCAAGAAGGGGGCUAUACUAACAAAGACAAGCCUAAUCCUAGAGGAGAAAUUAUAAUUGGUGGACCUAAUGUCUCCAUGGGAUAUUUUAAAAAUGAAGAGAAGACAUCAGAAGAGUUCUCCAUUGAUGAGAACGGUCAGAGAUGGUUCUGCACAGGAGAUAUCGGGGAAUUUCAUCCAGAUGGGUGUCUGCAGAUCAUAGAUCGUAAGAAAGACUUGGUCAAGCUACAAGCAGGAGAAUACGUGUCUCUGGGCAAAGUAGAGGCAGCACUGAAGAACUGUCCUUUGAUUGACAACAUCUGUGCUUAUGCCAAAAGCGACCAGUCUUAUGUGAUCAGUUUCGUGGUUCCUAAUCAGAAGAAGCUGACGGCGUUGGCGGAGCAGAAGGGCAUCAGUGGAACCUGGGUAGAUAUUUGUAACAAUCCCACGAUGGAAGCUGAAAUACUGCGAGAGAUCAAAGAAGUGGCAAACAAAAUGAAAUUAGAAAGGUUUGAAAUACCCAUCAAAGUCCGGUUAAGCCCUGAGCCGUGGACCCCAGAGACUGGGUUAGUAACAGAUGCUUUCAAGCUGAAAAGGAAAGAACUGAAAAACCAUUACAUCAACGACAUCGAAAGAAUGUACGGAGGCAAAUAA